AUGGCUGAGAAAUCCCAACUCCUCCCCUUCCGACAAGUCGUCAUUAUCGGCGCCGGCUUUGGCGGCCUCGCGAUGGCCUGUGAUCUGAAGCGCAAGUUGAAGUUCCACGAUUUUGUCAUCUACGAGCGCAAUCCCGGGCUGGGAGGAACAUGGUAUGAUAACAAUUAUCCCGGUGCAGUACGUCUGUCCAGCUCUAAACACUUGCGCGAUAUCAACUCACGCAAUAACAACCAGGCAGCAGAUAUCCCCGGCUCGGUAUACCAGCUGUCCUUCGCACCGGAGCCCAACUUCACGCACGUCUUCCCCGACCGCGCGCAGCUGCACACCUACAUGCUGGAUGUGGCGCAGCGAUUCCACAUCCUUCCCUAUCUGCAGUGCAAUAUCGCCUGGGUGGGAAGCACCUGGCUGGACGAGCGUAAGUGCUGGAGCGUCGAGCUGCAAAACACGCAGACGGAGGAACGGUAUGUCCAGGAAUGCGCGGUCCUGAUCAGCGCCGUCGGCCACAUGGUGGAUCCCAAGCGGUUCGAAGUCCCGGGAAUGGAGACCUUCAAGGGACAGAUCAUUCAUUCGAGUAAAUGGACGGACGGGGUGGAUUUGAAGGGGAAGAAUGUGGCUGUGUUGGGGAAUGGAAGCACGGCCGUUCAAAUCGUCCCUGCCAUCCUAGAUGACGUGAAGCAAUGCACGCAGAUCCAACGAUCCCCCCAAUGGAUCCUCAACCGCCCCAACCCAUACGUCCCCUCGAGCCUGCGCAAAUGCCUUGCUCUCUUCCCCAUCCUCUUCGUCCUGCUCCAGCACUGUGGCUUCGCCCUCGCAGAGCUCUUCUACCCCCUCCUGGGCCGACGAAUCCCUCGCUUGAGCAAAUCGCAUCUCCGAGCCUGCGGAGUCCCCGAGAAAUACCACUCCCUGCUCACACCCUCCUACGAACCCGGCUGCAAACGCCUCGUCUUCGCCUCCUCCUACCUGCAAAGCCUCUCCAACCCAAAACUGCACCUCCAGCAGGACGAGAUCACCGCCCUCACGGACUCCAGUGUCGUGCUGAGAUCAGGCACCCCCGUGCCCUGCGACGUGCUGAUUCUCGCGCACGGGUUCGAGUCCGACACAUUCCGGUUCCCGGUGAGAGGUCGCGAGGGCCGUACGACAGCACAGCACUGGGACGAGGCGGGAGGACCGAGCUGCUACAGGGGGUGCGCGAUGCAUGGGUUUCCGAAUUUCUUCAUGAUACGGGGGCCGAAUAUGGCAUCUGGGCAUAACUCGGUUAUCUACUACAUCGAAGCGACGGUCUCGUUGAUCCUGAAGAUCGCCACGCCGCUGAUUGAAGGGCGGUUGCGCAGCGUGGAGAUCAAGUCGGAGGUGGAGAAGUCGUAUGUGGCGAGUGUGCAGGAGGCGUGUAGGAAGGGCGUUUGGGGACGCGGCUGCUCGACGUAUUAUGUGGAUGGGACUGGGUGGAAUCAUACAAUUUAUCCGUGGACGAGUUAUUGGUUGUGGUUUCAUCGGUUUGAGAGGGUUGGGGACUGGAUUUGUGAGAAUUGA